AUGGCUUCGUCAACGCCAGAAACCUCCCUAACUGACAUGGAAACUACCACGGCAGAAGAUUCCACCAAUACCCGUAGCGACGGCUGGUUCACAGCCUACUACCGCGGGCACAAGUUGAGAGCGAUUUCAACCGCUGAAGUGGAUCUCACCACCGGCAAUCCCCUACAGCCCAGCCCACCGAUACCCCGUCCACAGAAAAAACCUCAGCGCCUACCCCCGCUGCCGAGGGGAGAAUUCAAAGUCGUCAUGCGCCCGCGAGACGGCCUCAACCUCUCCAAUUGGAAACCGUACCAGGUUGCCCAACACAUCAGCACGGAGGCUAAGAUCACCAUCGAGGAACUACACGCUGCAACCAAACUCCAACUCAAUCACGACCGCAACAUCGUGAUAGUAAGCACGGCCCACAUAGAGGUCGUUCAAGCCAUCACCCAGAUCCACCACCUACGACUUGGCGGGAAGGACUACCCAACAUACACGUACGUGGCCUCCCCGGACAACUCCAUCAAAGGGGUAGUCCACGACAUCGAACCGGGGUCCAGCCCCGAAAAACUCCUCCAUCACCUAGAGGCCCCAGGAUACAGGAUCCUGCAUGCCCGUCUACUGGGCAACACUGGCACGGCCCUCGUCACGUUUGAGGGACGCAAAAUCCCCCCGUACGUCCAGUACCAGAGCGCGCUUCAGCGCUGCUUCCCCUACCGGCCCAUCAGACAGGUUUGCACUAAAUGUCUGGUGGCGGGGCAUCGGGCCGACGUCUGCCCCACGCCGCACAUAAAAAUAUGCCUCAAGUGUGCAGUACCCAACCCCCCAACCGACCAUGUGUGCGCCCCGAAGUGCACCCAGUGCCACGGCGACCAUCCCACCAAUGAUACAAGCUGUCCGCAGCGGUUUGCCAAACCCCGAGCAACUCAGCGCGUCAGCCGCCCAAAAACAAUCUGCCACACCCUUAAAGAGGUUACAGAUAACAUCCGCGCCCACAACCAAAAAUUCGACCAAAUCCAGGCCGACAUUCAUGACUUAAAAGAAGCCAACCGGGAUUUCUACACCACCCGCAAAAAUAGGAAACGCGCUGCUCUUGCGCAGCACAUUGCCCAUCAGAAAUUCCCUCCAGAAGUGCUUGCCCUGCAGGAAACUGGUAUCAUCCCCACCCUAGCAGGCUACCAAGCCUUUACCUCCCCAGACCAUCCGCAGGUGGCCACGCUAAUUGCUAACCACAUCACGGCUAAGCAACACACCAUUGCGGGGACCUCAAUUGGACACGUUCUAGUUGAACUCCUCCCCACGCGCAGGCAUUCCCCCAGUCUUUUCGUACUUAAUAUAUACAGCCCUCCCAGUCACCGUAAAGACGCAUUUGAACGCAUAUUCUCGAGUGCUUUAACCUUAUCCCAACAAAAUCUUCUCAUUGUUGGCGAUUUCAACGCCCCACAUCAGGCUUGGGGCUAUCCCAAGGCCACGGCCAAGGGAAAUCGGCUAUACGAAACGAUAUGUCAACAUCAGCUCACCACCCUUACCGAUCCCUCUUGCCCGACGCGAACAGGCAACAGCAUCACAAGGGACACUUGUCCCGAUCUCGCCUUCGUAAAAUUCACCCCUCACGCGGAAUGGACGAACACAGAGGAAACCCUCGGGAGUGAUCAUUCCAUAAUUGAAAUUGAAAUCGCUCUCAAUUCGCAAAGAAAAGCCCUUCGGAAGCAGGCGCUUACUGACUGGGACGCCUUCCGAAAAGCGCGAAAGGACAAAAACUCCCCCUCACCUCCAGACUUCGAAUCUUGGCUCCAGCAACUAUGCGUGGACGCUAAAGAACACACAAAAUUACUUACCCUCACCCCAGAUACCCCAGCAGUAGAUCCAUACCUUCUCCAUCUCUGGGAGGCCAGGCGAGGCCUCCUUAAACGAUGGCGCCGCCAAAGGCUUAACCGCAAACUUAAAUUAAAAAUUGCUACACUGACAGAGGAGGCGUUCCAAUAUGCCUCCAAAUUAGCGCAAUCCAACUGGCACCAGGUGUGUGACAGGUUUCAGGGCACGUUGAGCACCGCGCGCACGUGGUCCUUCCUGCGGCACCUGCUCGAUCCCACCAAAGGCAAACGGCACUCAAGCCAGAUGCUCCGUAAAAUAAUCCACGAUCACCCCGGCACGAACGCUGAUAUUCUUCGGGACCUCACCGAGAGAUACAUUGGCCCAGCGAUCAACACAGACUACCCCAACUACAGGGGGUCCGCCAAUCCCGACCUGGACAGACCUUUCACGACAACGGAGAUCACCCAUGCUGUGCUUACCCUCACGAGAAACACGGCCCCUGGUAAAGAUGGAAUCCAGAACCGCCUCCUUCGCAACCUCGAUCCUGACUCUCUUGAAGACCUCACCACGUACUUCAACCAGAUCUGGGAAACCCACAAACUCCCGGAAGACUGGAAACAUGCUGAGAUUGUUCUAAUCCCAAAGCCCGGCAAACCACCCAGCCUGAACAACCUACGGCCUAUCUCCCUUACAUCAUGUCUCGGGAAACUGUUCGAGCACGUUGUGCUUAACCGUCUACAGCCCUUCCUCGAAGACACAGAAGCCUUCCCACACACCAUGUUUGGAUUCAGAGCCCACCUGUCCGCUCAAGACGUGCUUCUACAACUCAAAGAAGACCUCAUAGAUAAUAUAUCCUCCUGCAGCACCCAAGCUCUCCUCGCUCUAGACAUUAAAGGAGCUUUCGAUAACGUCAGCCACACCCUAAUUCUUCAGAACCUAGCCUCCACAGACUGCGGAGAGAAGAGUUACAACUACAUAUGUAACUUCCUUCGCAACCGCACAGCGACCAUUGGCAUAGAUUCCAUCCGAACGGACCCUCUACCCGUCCCCAACAAGGGCACCCCACAGGGCUCCGUUCUCUCCCCCACACUGUUCAAUCUGGCCAUGCGCAAGCUGCCCGAACAGUUGGAGGAAAUCCCGCACAUCAGACACACCCUAUACGCAGACGAUCUCACCAUUUGGACCACCUCGGGGUCGGAGGGCUCCAAACAAGACGCACUACAAACCGCGGUAGACACCGUCCAACGAUAUCUUACUUCGGGCAACUUGCAAUGCUCGGCCGAGAAAUCAGAGCUACUCCUCCUGCAUCGCCGAAACAAGCGGCACCCCGACCAGAAUAGCAAUAUCGAACUCUACCUCGAUGGCAGCAUCCCCAUCCCGACGGUGCCAAGGCUCCGGGUACUUGGCCUCCAUCUGCAGGCAGACGGUAGGGCAAACUACACCAUACAAACCCUCCAAAAAACAGUCACCCAAAUCAUGCGCAUGGUGGGACGCAUCACAAACCGCAAACACGGGCUCAAGGAGACCGACGUGAUCCAGCUCACCCAGGCUCUCAUCACCAGCCGCAUCACCUAUUCCAUCCCAUACCUCAACUUAAACCAGGGUGAGAAGAACAGAAUAAAUAUCCUUAUCCGCAAAGCCUUCAAGAUUGCUCUGGGCCUGCCACUUUACGCCGCCACAGAUAAGCUCCUAGCCAUGGGCGUACAUAACACCCUUCAAGAGCUCAUACAGGCACACCUAGCCAGCCAGCAAGAACGGCUGGCCCUCACCCCCACCGGCCGCACAGUCCUCCAUAACUUACACUUCCCGAUACCCAGCUCGGUGCGGAACACGGUUCGCCUACCAACGGCCAUACGAGACCACAUUCAAGUGGCCCCGAUCCCCAAGAACAUGCAUCCCAUCCUUCACUCCGGCCGCCGCAUUGCCCGAGCUCGGGCCCUCCAACACAAAUAUAGCAGCAAGGCAGACACCCGUUUUACUGACGCUGCCAUGUACUCGGAUCAACCAGCGGCCGCAGUCAGCGUGAUAGACCACGAUCUAAAGACGGUAGUUACGGCCUCCAUCCGCACUAUCAAUCCAGUGGAGGCAGAAGAAACGGCCAUCGCCCUGGCAAUCGCCUCCGGCAAGGAAUACCUCAAUAUCCUCUCCGAUUCCCAAACCGCCCUGCGACGAUUCCGAGCGGGCAGGAUCUCACCAUGCGCUCUGCGCAUCUUAACAGACCUCAAAACCCCGCUUCCAGAAACGACGCUUAUCUGGACUCCUGGCCAUGAAUCUGUAGAUGGAAAUCGGCAAGCCCAUGCCGUAGCCCGAGCCUGUACACACCGGGUGCCACAAACAGAGGACCACAACACAAUUCUCAAAUUUAUUCCCGUAAGGUCGGACGGGUGUAUUCAGUUCAACUCUGCCAGCUGGACUGCCAACUACAGAGUCAUGCAGAUAGCACGCAGUGAGCUCUCGCAGGAAAUCCUUGUCAUGCAGAGGUCACUUCCCGGUCUCAUGACGGGCAUCUUCGGUGCCCGCUUUACAGUUCACCCUUCGUACAUAUUUCUAACCAAGUCAGGACAAGACCUCCUGGAUUCAUCUUGGAAGUUCGUAAUUGCGACUGCAUCCACAGAAAAACGAGCGAACCAGUGUCCCAAGCUUCAGCCUCCGCUAAAUCUCUCGGGCUCGAAACUAUCACCGCUAGCCGAGGCGCUGCUCUCAAAGGGACCCAAAUUCGCUCCGCCUGUCACACCGUCAAGAGUGGAUCAGCUCGCAGCGGUACACCAGAUCGCGUCGAGAAUUCCGGAGCCUGCCCGACAAGAGUUCCUCGGCGUUGGUUCCCGUUUGGUGUGCAUGCAUGGAGCAGCCCACCCAACCAAACCAGAAUUCCCCCAAGUGGUGAAUGAACUCAGGGGGUCUGACCUGAGGCUUUUGGAGGCAGACAAGACAGGAGUGUUUGUGGUUAUGAACGAGUCUAACUUCGGUGAAAAGGUUGAACUCGCCAUCAAGAAAAACUUCGUCCUCGUUAACAAAAGACCGUCCGGCACCCUCCGUUCGGAAGUCAAAGACAUCUGCAGGUCGAACAACCUUUCGUCGCUUCUCACGAGAGUGUCGGACCCUGCGAACCAGUAUCUAAAAGUUUUUUUCACUGCCAAGACCCACAAACCGGAGAUCCCGCUAAGGAGCAUCGUAUCAGAAAAUGGAUGCUGGCAGAAGCCUCUGGCUCUCUACCUGCAGAAGCACCUGGCAGCCGUCCCCCUGGACCAGCCUUUCCGCGUGGGCAGCUCUCAGGAACUCCUCCCAGCCCUCCAGCUUCUCCACACAUCAGGCCCAGGUACCACUUUCUUCUCCCUAGACAUCACCGACAUGUACUACAGCCUCGACUUCAACAUCCUCCUGGAUGCGGUAGAAAAAGCCAUCACCACACAGGGUAUCGUCAAAUUCCAAAACUCUUCCGGCAUCCCCCUCAGCGCGUUUCUGCAAUUAAUCAGGGUAUAUCUUCGGUCGGCCAUGGUGGAGCAUGACGGGAAAAUAUAUUUACAAAAAUCGGGUGUCUGCAUCGGGUCCUGCCUGGCACCUUCGCUCAGCGAAGUCUACCUUUCCUUCGUGGAUCAGGCCGUGAAGGAGCAACUGGAGAGCGUCGCCCCAGGAACCCAGGUGUUCAGAUAUGUGGAUGACUAUCUGGUGCUCCACGACUCCGGCGCGCCCACCGCCGCCAUCCAGAAGGCCUUCACGGAUAACGCCAAUGGCCUGAGCUUCACCAGGGAGGACCCCUCGGCGGAGGGUCUCCAGUUCCUGGACGUACGCCUUGUGGCCACCCAGGGAGGCACUUGCUGGCGCUUCCAGCAGCGGACGCAGAAGCCGGUGCUACCAUUUACUAGCCACCAUUCAAAGACAGUAAAAGCAGGCAUCGCAAAAAGUCUCAUCUCCUCCACCCGCACAAAGUCCUGUCAACACCUCUCCUCAUCUAGCCUGGAGGGACAGCUCAGCCGCCUCACAAACGCCGGAUACCCGCGCGACCUGCCGGCCUCCACGCUCAGAAAACUAAUAGUUGAAAAAGCCACCGCUCGGAAGCCUGCCCGGCAGAGGUAUACAACCAUCCCCUAUUUCCACAACACUGCCCACCGACUAAAAACAGUGGCUCGACGUUUCGACAUGGACGUUGCGUUUUCGUGCCCCUUCAAGUUGAGCGCCAUGUGCCGCCUGGUAAACUCUCCCCCUCCUCCCAAGAUCAGCUGCGCCAACAGGCAUGCGGCCCCCUUUGUUCCCUGCGCGGUCGGACGGGCGUAUUCAGUGCCCUUCUCGUGCGGCGCAGAGUACAUCGGACAGACGGGCCGCUGCCUCAACGACCGCCUGCGCGAACAUGAGAGAGAAAUCGGGAAAAACGACGAAGACUCCCAACACCCCAUGGUCCAUCACCUCAAGGCUUGCGCUCCAUGUGCCCCCGAGUUCCCGUCCGCGCGUGUUCUGGGGGCCAACAAGAACCGCUACGGGCGCGAGAUCGUGGAGGCGUUCGCCAUAAAAGAGGCGCCGAGGAACAUUUCCUCGGCCUCGUUGUCGCUGUCCGAGAGAGAGGCGACAUUCCUGAGACCGGAGUUGACGGCCUUGGUGGGCCGGGCGAGCGCCCCUUGCUCCUGAGAGGGAAAUCGGGAUGCUUCCUUCCUUCCUCUCCUUUCCGCUGUCUCUGCGCUUUACUUUCCCCCAGUUUU